ACAGACAGGGUCAGCCCAAAGUCGAGGGCUGAAUGCUUCGGGUGUUGCCUUUCAUCAGUUUUAUCACCCUGGUGGCUGUUGUCAAAGCAAACACGUUUCACGAAGAUGUAUGGUACCCCACCCACCGCGCUCUUCUGGACGACAUGACCAUCCCGAACAUCGGCCUCAAGCCCCACCUGCGAGGUCGAAGCCUCAUCAACGUCGACGACGUUCAAGGCGGGGAUGGACCCUUCCCAGACCCCCCCCCUCUCCUGGGAGAACCUUCCUUGCCGGCCGUGGACGAGGAGGAGGACCUCAACGGGGUGCCCCUCGGGAACCCGCGCAGGCCCGGGAGUGGAGGGUCGCAUCAGGGCUAGGUUGCAGCGGAGAGGAGCGAUACGUCUGGCAGUGAGCAGGGACGGGCGACAGUGGGAGUCUGUCGUGGGGUAGGCCCGCGUCGUCUCGAAUUCAGGUGUCCUAUUGCUUUUUCAUGUGUCUCAUACCAUGCAGGCGGCUCCUCGCUCGUCCUUUGCAGAGGUGGAUUUUAACCACGGCCGACAGCUCGCUUACAGGCGGCCGAAACCGCUCGUUGGGUCUGGCAGUAAGGGGGAGCUCUCUCGAAGACGACCCUCCCGGAGGACUCUCGCGGACCUGAGACUUGUCGAUACACGAAAAUUUGACGAAUACCACUGAAUUACAUGUAAAUGGAGUGAUGUGAGCUCACGUGUGUACAGCAGUGGCGAACGUAUUUGUCCCCGGGACCAUCCGGAUUGAAGAGGGAAGCUCGCAGAAGGAAAGGUUAUCAGACACGGCGUGCCAGCAGUGUUCUGGGAGUCGGCGUGUUCGAUCACAAAGAAUUUAGACAGGGCGGUGCAUC